UUGAAGUUUUGAACAGUUCCUCAUCAUUCUUGGGGGGAAAGGUUUUCUUUCUGGCAACCUAAAUCUGCGUUUCCAGUUACUUUUCGAUUGAUUUCCAAUGGAGACCCCUUCUUCUGCGAGAAGAGUGACCAGAUCACAGGCUUCUUCUUUGAAAAACAGUAAUUCUGUUUCAAGAGGAAAGAAUGAAGAGUCUGAGAAGAAGUGUGUGACGAAAACAAGAGCAAGAAUCGGAAAGCAGCAACAAGACAAGUCUGCCCUUCUUGACAUAACAAACGAUUCACCCAUUGUCGGGCUUGCUGUGGGGACCCCAAAGUCUGACAUAUCUAAGCCGUGGGGAGGCAAGAACAUGAGGAUGAUGGCUCCCGGUUCCGGUGAGGCAUUGCUAAGGGGACAAGUCAAGAAUCUCUUGCAAAAAGUUGAAGAAGAAGCCAAGCUUUCGAAAGUUGAGUUGCACAACCGUCGCCCUUCUCUUCAUGUGCAGAGCUGUGUGAAUUCCCCAAUGGGGAUUUUGGCUCCUACUCCUGCAAAUACACCACAAGUUGAGGAUGGUGGUAUUAACAACACUGGAGUGAUGAUGGCACUUCCUGUUUUUGAGGAAUUUGAAGAAAGUAUGAUAACAAGGUCUUUGUUGCUGGACUUUUCUGAGAAAUCAGAGACCUCAGAUUCAACAGAAUGUGAUUCGGUGGUGACAGAUGAAGGAGUAAUAACAGGGGAAAGCAAUACAAGCAAAGAGAAGGCAUCCAUUGAUGAUGAUAACUCCUCUGUUUGGUCAGUGCAGGUGAAUGCAAGCACCCAUGAUGAAGAUGAGGAAACAAUUGAAGAAUUUGGAGAUGAUUACUAUGAAGAAGAAGAAGAAGCAAUGGGCGAUGAUGGAGGGUUGUUGGUUGACGAGCUUUGUGAGGGUUUAAGCAAGAUGAGCGUGAAAGAGAAGCUCAAAGGGAAGCACACAAGAUUUGUAUACAACAAUGAUGGUGAACUUGAAGUGUGUGAGGAGGAUUCAUCUGAGAUUAUGUGGUUGAAGGGAUUACCGACGCCGAAAGGAAAGCACUUGCGAUUUCUUAUGGACGACGAGCAAGAUGAUGAAUAACUAGGGUCUUCGGUUCCUCAUCUUUGGGAUUCUUUUUCUUUUGGGUCAUCUUCAUUUGUUUGUUGUUUUCUUGGAAAAACAAAUCACCAAUCAAGUGAUUGAAUAAAAAA